CCAAAUCUCGCGAGAUGUGCAACGAGACGAGACGGCACGAGACACAUUUUGGGGAGUGGCAUGGCAGAAGAAAGCGGAACUGAACGUAAAUAUUUGGAAAUAUGAAGGAAAGGUUACCAAGUUACACUCGCCUAUAGUGAUCGACAGCAAAACCAUUGAACGUCUGAGCGUAGCAGCGAUAACAGAAUUGUCAGCAGCCCAAGCUAAGCACUAGUACUAGUAGUUGCCUGAAUUUGGUGGAGGGAAGACUCAGGCCUGGGAAGACUAAGAUUGGAGAAUGGGGAAGCUUCAGGAGUUCAGUGUGGUCUUCAACAACAAUGUGGACGUGUUCCAGAAUGGACAGUGGGUCUGUGGCCAGGUUGUGGUCAAUCUCAACGAAGCCAUGAAAAUGAGAGGUAUCCGCCUGAAAUUUAAAGGCCAUGCUUAUGUACACUGGACAGAGGAGCACGGUUCAGGCGAUAACCGCCACACGGAGUCUUAUUCUGCCUCCGAAACUUACUUCGAGCACAAGGUGACUAUAUAUGGGAAGGGGGUGCGCCUGAAAUUCCAUGGGCAUGCGUACGUUCACUGGACUGAACAGCAUUCGACCGGGUCGGGCAAGAAUCGGCGCACCACCACCAGGCACUACUCCGCCUCUGAGACAUACUUUCAGCAAAAAGUGACGCUUUUUGGGAAAGAUGAGGGUCAGUCCGGAGACAACCCCACCCUCCCCGCGGGUCGUCACGUGUUCCCGUUCCAGUACCAGCUGCCUCAGCAGGGGCUGCCGUGCUCGUUCGAGGGCGCUCACGGAUACGUCAGGUACUACCUGAAGGGAACCAUUGACAAGCCGUGGAAGUUUGACCACACCGUCAAGAGGGCCUUCACUGUGCUGGACAUGUACGAUCUGAACGAAGAACCCACUGCUCUGACGCCGAUGUCAGGACAGAAGUCUAAGAUGCUGUGCUGCCUGUGCUGCGCCUCGGGCCCGAUCGAGCUGCAGGCUCAGACAGACAGGACCGCGUACUGCCCCGGAGAAACCGUGCAGAUCCGGGGAACCCUCGAGAACAACGCCAACGAAGAGGUCACCCGCGUCUCAGCCAAGCUGAUUCAGCAUGUCUCGUUCCACGCCACCAGUAAGAGCCGUUCGUCCUCCAGUACCCUGAGUAAGACAGAGUGCCAGGGCUGUGCAGAGGGUCAGUCGUCUCAGGUAGAGAUGGGCCUGACAGUCCCCGCCAUCCCUCCCUCCUCUCUACGCUACUGUAGCAUCAUCGACAUCGACUAUACACUGGAGAUUUCCGGCCACAUCGGCGGCGCGCACACCAGCAUGGACAUGAACUUCCCCAUCAAGAUAGGCUUCAUCCCCCUCAGGAGCUACUACCCCUCACCCCCCUCCUUCCCCGCCCCCCCUGCAGCCUACCCCGCUGCCCCCUACCCCCCUGGACCUGAUGCCGCCUACCCCCCUCCUGCUGGACUGCCGUACCCCCACCUGGUGGUGCAGCCGUACCCCCCUGGGGGUGAUGCGGCAUCCCCCCUCCCUGGGGGGUAUCCGUCCGCCCCCCCUGCUGGGAUGAUGCCGUCCGCCCCACCCCCUGUGCAGCCUGUGGCAGGGGCACCUGGUCUGCCCCCUCCCUCCUAUGCUGAGUGCGAAACCGGGAAGGCAAACAUCAAGGACAGCGAAGACUCCGAGUACACCAUGGGGAACAUGGACUUUGCUCCAAAGUACACGUACUAUGACUGGAGCAAACACCCUCAAGUCUAGAUCUUAAAACUUCAGGAACAGCAUACAGCCAGACUUGUGUCUAGUGAGCACCCAAGGAAAUUAUACCAAAAGAGCUAG